AUGUGUUGUAACGUUGCGUGUGGCAGGUCGUUUCGCUCCACCGAGCGGUUGGAAGGAGUUGCUCUGCGUGGACAAGCAAAGGUCCGCAAGACGAUCACAAGUGUGCCACAUCUGACAGAGGCACAAGGCACAGAGGCACAAAGCUCUUCCUUCCCAGCUGCCCACUCCAGCAGAUGGUCUCCACAAUUACCCCCAGACUGUCCCGCAGUUAAUGGUCCUACUCAUAUCGCCGAUAAUGUCUCCUCUCUGGGACUUAAUCCCGAAACUGGAGGGGGUCCCAAGGCACUCCCAACAUCUGGUACCUGA